AUGUUGGCCAACUUUAUAUUAGUGUGUAUAUUUCUUAUUAAUUUCGUCCACUGUACAAGUGGCGUGAGCCUCCUACAACAGCUGGAAAAAAUACUUCAGGAUGAAGAUGAUUAUGAUAGAAUAGAUAAUCUACCUUAUGGGAGGUUUUACCCGCCUCAGCAGUCGCGACAUCGCCAAAGAAAGAAGACACUAGAGAGCUAUCCUAAUCUACUCAACAUACAGACUUUAAAUUUAUAUGGGAAGCAACACAAGAGAGAGAGGGAAGAUGCAGACUUUGAUAAGUUCCUUCGCACAGAAACUGAUAGAAUCUGCAAGGAGACCGGUCGAUGUGGGUGCUCCCGAGGACGGUGUGGCAACAGGGCCGAGGAUGAAGCAGCUGAUGAGGUCGAUGAACUGGUGAAACAAAUAAACAAACAGCUCGCCAAAGACGAUGCGCAUAAAAAAAGUCACAACGAAGAUAGGAACGUUAAACUAAAAGUAGACAAAGAUGACGACGACGACGAUGACCGGCUUAACGAGAAGACUAAACUGAGCGACGAUGUUGAUAUAGUUGUACUAGAGCCAAAUGAAAUAGACGACCUUCUUAGCAAACAAGACUUCGUGGACCUCACGAGGAACAGCGUCAUACUCGACACAGAUACAGGUAAACUAUCAUCCGGACCUAAAAAUACAGAUCACUUGAGAGAACUCAUCGCAGAAAUAAUGAACUCCGGACAAGCGAAAGAUAAGAACGUUAGGAAUGCUAAUGUAUCGCCAGCCGAACUCUUCAAAUAUUACGUCACAUUAAAAAAUCAAGUGGUUAAUUUGGUUACAUUCUAUAUAAAGAAUAAGCAAAAUAAAAUUCCCAUAGAAGAAAAUUUAAAUUUCAAGCAAUUACAGAGUUUAGAGAAUUUAAAAAGUAAAUAUCAGCAGGGGCUUAUAAAAGAAAACGACGUUAAAUCAGAAGUUGUCAAAAUAAUUUUUGGCGAGGGCAGUGGAACUAAAGUUCUUCCUCAUACGAAGAACAGCCGACAUAUUUACAUUCCUAAAAAUUUUUACGAGGAUAUAUUAAAUUUAAGAGAAAUUAAUCUGAGAUCACAGAAAAGGAUUUUACCUUUAACACUGCAGCAGAAAAGUAGAAUUUUAAAUAAAGAUAAGCCCAACAUAAUAUCAAAGCAUGUUUGGCGAAGAAAUCUAAAAGAUGAUGAUCAACAUUUAGGCGUCCCAUUCAAUCUCGAAGUUCAAGGUCUGAGUCAAAUAAAUCCUAACCAAUAG